AGAAUCGUGAUGAGAUCCGAAACCUUUACGAGUUUUACCGGCGCAUGAAGUACUGUGUCGCCCAGAAGAAUCCGAGGCUCAUGCCGGAUUUCGAGCAGGCGUAUCUAUCACUCAUCUCCGCUUCACGAGGUUGCACAAGUGUACAACGUAUUGUAGCUGAGCUUAUUCCUCGGUAUGCAUCAUAUUGCCCAACUGCUCUUGAAGCAGCUGCUAAAGUUUCCAUUAACAUGUAUAAUUGGAGCUUGGCCAUUAUAAUAAGAGGAGAGGAUGUAGAUGGUGUUGCAUAUCAGACUGCUAAAGCAUGUAUUUUUGGCCUAGUUGAUAUAUGCUCCACAGCCUCACAUGAAGCACCAACAUCAUCCGUCAUACAGGGCAUAUGCUCUGCUGUUUUCUUAAAUGUUCUUACUUUCUUCACUUCAAGUUUUGAGGAGAAGGAUAUUUUUGAGAUUGGUGGCAAGCAACUAAUGAAGUUGCAAGAAUCCAUGGAAUCCUUCUCUGACCUUAAACAAGAACCGGCAGAUGAUGUUGAACUGAGCGCCAUAUAA